AUGGCCGAACAAGACUACCAGAGUGACAAAGAUAAGGUGGCACCACUGUCUGCAGAAGAGGGGAUCAAGGGGAGUCAGAUUCCUGACAUAGACGAACAAGAUGAUGGGAGUGACUCAAAGAAGAAGGCACCACUAUCUGUGGAAGAGGUGAUCGAGGGAAGUCUUGGACGGAUGAAUUGCAGUCAGAUGGUGCAAGCCUUCCUUGCAUCAGUUCUUCCAAUGUUUGACAACCAACAGACAUUUAUCAGUGUCUUCACAGAUGCUCAAUCAAAAUGGCAUUGCAUCAGUGAUAUUCGAAUAGGUAGUAGUUGCACCAGCAGCUCUAACAUCUGUAAUCUUUCGAAGAGUGAGUGGGCUUGGACUGGGAAUAAGCAUAACACAAUCAUAUCACACUGGGAUCUCCAAUGUGCCAGCUCUUUCAUUAAGGGUUUGCCUGCAACUUCCUUCUUCAUGGGUUGCUUGUUGGGUGGAUAUGUUCUUGCCUCCCUUGGUGAUUCAUCGCUUGGGCGAAAGAACCUUCUCUGUCUCUCUUGCUUGGUUAUGUCACUAGCUUCAUUUGCCUCAGCCUUUUCUCCUAACAUCUGGGUUUACUCUGUACUCCGCUUCAUUGCUGGUGUUGGUCGUGUCUCCAUUACCAUUUCUUCUUUUUGUCCUUCUGUCGGAGAGGGUUGGCAAGCGGUGGAGAGGACAAAUUGUAAUGAUUGGUUUCCUCUCCUUAACAAUGGGAUUGUUAUCCUUGUCGGCUUUAGCUUACCUGACUCGAAAUUCCUCAUGGAGCACCCUUUAUCUAUGUGGCUCUUCAUGAUGGGACGUCCAAUGGAAGCCGUAAAUGUGCUGAAAAGUAUUGGCUCCCUGGAUGAUCAUAUCAGCUCUAUGUUACCAAACAUUCUAGAAUUCAAUCAAGGUAUUCCUAGCAAUAACGGGAAAAAUCCUUUUUCUUCAAUGAAGAUUUUAGUCAAGAGAAAAUGGGCUAUUCGAAGGUUGAUAGUAACUAUGGUACUUAGUUUCGGUGUUGGAAUGAUGUAUUUUGGUAUGUUGUUGGGUGUCGGAGGCUUGGGUCUCAACAUCUACUUGAGCUCAACAUUCAAUGCCCUACUAUUCCUUUCAUCAUGCCUGCUAACAUUCCUCUUCUGGAUCCCAAGAUGCAACAGGAGGAGUUCAGUGCUAGGAUUCUGUACGAUUAGUGGCGCUGCCGGUAUAAUACCCAUCACAUUCGGCCACCAUCACAAAGGUAUACAUGUGGGAUUGGAACUGAUAGCUCUGUUUUGUGCUUGUAUGGUGUUUAAUAUCUUGUUCAUGUAUGUGGUGGAGCUGUUUCCAACAUGCAUCAGGAACACAGCAGCCUCACUGUCGCGGCAAGCACUGCUCUUGGCGUCUGUAUUUGUCCCGGUGUUGGUAGUCAUAGGGAGGAGUAAUCAACUCUUCUCUCAUGCAGUCUUUGGUGUGACCAUUCUUCUUUGCGGCCUUUUGGUCAUUUCUUUGCCCGAAACAAAGGGUAAGGUGCUAUGUGAUGGCAUGGAAGAGCAGGAAGCCCAAGACAAGGAUGCUGCUUGCGUGCCAAAGUUAUGA